UCCACCCCAAAUCAACGUCCACUCCACACUCUCACUCGCCGUAAAGCCUUCACCGGAGAAGGCCGGCGUCAAAUAAAGUACCGGAAACAAACACUAGAGCUAUGCUUUUGUCCCUGGAAAAUGAAAAAUAUUCCUUCUUUAAGGCUAUAGAACAGUAUCUGCUUUAGAAAUUGGACUUCGGCUUAAGAAUCUUUUCGUUUUCUCGGGAAAAUAAACGUAUAGAGCCACUGACAGUUUCGAAUCACGCAAGGCCUAACUCGCCAUUAAUGUUCUGGUGAAGCCGAUAUGGCGCUUCUUCGAAGAAGAAAAGCGUCGGAGGCUGAGAAAGCUCAGCAUUCGGGCUCGAAAUCGGACAAAGAAAUCGAGAGAACAGACGAGGAAAAUGAUAAGAAUAUUAAUAACAGGAAGAAGGCAAAGAAGGCAAAAUUUGAGGGAAAGAAAAAGUGGUCCUGUCUUGAUAGCUGUUGCUGGUUCAUAGGGUGCAUAUGUACGGUUUGGUGGAUUCUGCUCUUUCUGUACAAUGCAAUGCCGGCGUCGAUCCCUCAGUACGUCACCGAAGCGAUCACCGGGCCGUUGCCGGAUCCUCCAGGCGUGAAAUUGAGGAAGGAGGGAUUGACGGCGAAACAUCCGGUGGUGUUCGUGCCGGGGAUUGUGACCGGAGGGCUUGAGCUGUGGGAGGGGCAUCAGUGCGCAGAGGGAUUGUUUCGGAAGCGGCUGUGGGGUGGCUCAUUCGGUGAGGUGUAUAAGAGACCUCUAUGUUGGGUGGAGCAUAUGUCACUGAAUAAUGAAACUGGACUGGAUCCUUCUGGCAUAAGGGUCAGGCCUGUAAGUGGACUUGUGGCUGCAGAUUAUUUUGCUGCAGGCUAUUUUGUCUGGGCUGUUUUAAUUGCUAAUCUGGCUCGGAUUGGGUAUGAGGAGAAAACCAUGUACAUGGCUGCAUAUGAUUGGAGACUUGCAUUUCAGAACACCGAGGCGCGAGACCAAGCAUUAAGCCGGAUAAAAAGUAAUAUAGAACUGAUGGUUGCUACAAAUGGUGGCAAAAAGGCUGUCAUUAUCCCACAUUCAAUGGGUGUUUUAUACUUUUUACAUUUUAUGAAGUGGGUUGAGGCACCAGCUCCAAUGGGUGGUGGGGGUGGAUCAGAUUGGUGUGCAAAGCAUAUAAAGGCUGUGAUGAACAUUGGUGGACCACUUUUAGGUGCUCCAAAAGCUGUCCCUGGGCUUUUGUCUGCUGAAGCGAAGGAUAUUGCAGCUGCCAGGGCAAUGGCACCAGGUUUUUUGGAUAAUGAUUUAUUUCGAGUCCAAACAUUGCAACAUGUGAUGAGGAUGACUCGCACAUGGGAUUCAACAAUGUCAAUGAUACCAAAAGGUGGGGACACUAUUUGGGGUGAUCUUGACUGGUCACCUGAAGAAAGCUAUGUUCCCAGAAAGAGAAAGCAAAGGGACAAUGAUUCUCAGACUGCAGAACAAACUGACACAGAAACAUUGGAUUCUCAAAAAAAGAGUAUUAAUUAUGGAAGGAUAAUAUCAUUUGGGAAGGAUGUGGCAGAGGCACCUUCAUCUGAGAUUGAGAGGAUUGACUUUAAGGGUGCUGUUAAGGGUAAUAAUGUUGCAAAUAUUACUUCUUGUGAUGUAUGGACGGAGUACCAUGACAUGGGAAUUGAGGGUAUUAAAGCUGUUGCAGAAUACAAAGUUUACACUGCUGGAUCUCUUUUGGAUCUUCUUCAUUUUGUUGCUCCAAAAAUGAUGGCUCGGGGUGAUGCUCAUUUUUCGUAUGGAAUUGCUGACAAUUUGGAUGACCCUAAAUAUGAACACUACAAAUAUUGGUCAAACCCUUUGGAGACAAAAUUACCAAAUGCUCCUGACAUGGAGAUCUAUUCUAUGUAUGGAGUCGGCAUCCCAACUGAAAGAGCAUAUGUGUACAAGUUAUCUCCUUAUUCCGAAUGCUACAUUCCAUUUCAGAUUGAUACCUCAGCUGAUGGUGGAAAAGAAGAUAGCUGUCUUAAAGAUGGGGUCUAUUCCAAUGAUGGGGAUGAGACUGUGCCAGUUCUGAGUGCGGGCUUCAUGUGCGCUAAGGGUUGGCGUGGGAAAACCAGAUUCAAUCCUUCAGGAAUUCAGACUUACAUUAGGGAGUAUGAUCAUGCUCCUCCAGCCACUCUUCUGGAGGGUCGUGGCACUCAGAGUGGUGCUCAUGUUGAUAUAAUGGGAAAUUUUGCAUUGAUUGAGGAUAUUAUCAGGGUGGCAGCUGGGGCCACAGGAGAAGACUUGGGAGGUGACCAAGUUUAUUCUGACAUCUUCAAGUGGUCUGACAAGAUCAACUUGCCAUUAUAAUGUCAGAUGAUAAUUGCACUUCUGGAUGUCUAUAUCUAUUUUCUAGCAUUUGUAAACUAAUUGACAUCAGAGACCAUGAAACUGGUUGCCAGCCAGGUAAACUACUUAGUCUCCCUCUUCUUCUUCUUGUUACCAUUCUUAUUAUAUUUUUUUUCUAUUUACUCCCGUAGAUUAUUCAAAGUUUGUGAGAUAGAACUUGUAUUAUUAUGAUUUUUGGAAGAACUUGUAUCAUUAUGGUUUUUGGAUGGUAAGCCAGCUUAGAGCCGCUCCAGACAUGUAGAUAUGGUUUUUCUGGUUGUUGAAAGAACCAUUACUGAGCUAUAUUUUGUUUAAUCGUUAAUGGAUUACUAUGAACAAAAGGGUACCUAUUCUUGGUGAUCUUGCAUUUACCA